AGUCCCAGUAGGCCACACUGUAACACUCAUUGCCCACCUCAAACUGUGGACUACUAUAUGUACUAUAGUGAGCAGUUGGAUUUAUUUCUUGCUUUAAAAACACAACAGUAGACUCCCUAGACUUAGAUCUCUAUGCCUGGAUACCUCGCAAAGGGUUUGAGAAAGACGACGCCCAUGGAACAAAAGGCAACGCCGGUGACGUGUUGAUGCUUAGAAGCCUUUUUUGUGUGUGAGUGUGUGUGUGUGGGUGAUGAUGGGGACCUUAGAGCAGCAGCAACUGAGGGCGUCCAGCACCAGACAACAGACUCUUGGUCAGUAUGGGAGCUUUAAGACACCCAAGGGCACUGCACAAACGUCGCUCGUGGACACCCCAGUGGAGAUGUCUCUUGGGGAACCAUCAGGCGGCUCGACAGCGGCAGAGGAUGUACGACCAAAGAUGAAUGGCACUUUAGAUAACAAGCCGUCUUUAAAUAUCAUUGGAUUUUCUUAUGUGGUCAAGGAAAGAACUGGACAUUGGUGGAAUGGGGCCUGCUUCCGGUCUAGGAAGAAGCUAGUCCUUAACAAUCUGUGCAUGACGUUCGAGACAGGGGAGCUAACUGCACUGGUUGGUACUUCAGGUUCCGGCAAGACGUCGCUCCUUGACGUCAUAUCCGGUAGAAGCACAGGGGUGACCACUGGUGUGAUCAGCUACAAUGGUCAGCAGUGCACCAGAGAAAUGAUGAGACAGAAGUCCAGUUACGUCCUGCAGGCUGACAGACUGUUGCCCACUCUGACCGUACGGGAGACCUUGACCUACAUGGCGUACCUGAAACUGCCUGGUCACUUCAAGCCAUCUGACAUCGACAAAAAGGUACAGUCUGUCAUCAUCGACAUGGGGCUGAUUCACGUCGCGGAGAGCAGAAUUGGCGGGACCGUCAUCAGGGGGGUGUCAGGAGGAGAGAAAAGGAGGAUAUCCAUUGGUGUUCAACUCUUGAAGGAUCCAGACAUUUUAUUACUAGACGAGCCGACGUCCGGUCUGGACGCCUUCACGGCACAUCACCUUGUCCAAAGUCUCGCUGAUCUGGCUCACAAGGGCAAACUGGUCAUCAUGUCUAUCCAUCAGCCUCGUUCUGACAUCUUCCGGCUCCUGGACAAGAUAGCCAUAUUAACGAUGGGACAGCUAGCCUUUUUAGGUCGACCUGACCAAAUGGUGCCUUACUUUACCACCAUUGGCUACCCAUGUCCAGUCAACCAGAACCCCUGUGAUGUUUACAUUGAUGUGACCAGUGUUGACAGACGAACAAAGAAACAAGAACAAAGGAGCCUGGCCAGAACCAGGGACAUCUGCGCCUCCUUCUUUGACUCGGACCUUCAGACGGGGAUCAUCAAGAGGAUAACCCUGGGCCUGAGUCAGCACCACGUGGACAACGUGGAGGAGAUGGACGCGGCCAGCAACGACUGGCCAUCUUGGCCUCGAGUCUUCACGUGUCUGCUCAACCGAAUGAACGUGCACUUGAAGCGAGACCGUAGCGCCUUCCUGGCCAGAUUUCUGCUACUGCCAUUCUUUGUGCCCUUCAUCCUCAUGUUCCUGGGGCGGCUGGGGAACAACCAGGGCAGCAUUCAAGACAGACUGGGCAUCAUUUAUCAGUCUAUUCAAGUGGCGCCCUACGUUGGACUGGUCAAUGGAAUCGCUUUCUUUCCAGUUCUUCGAGACUUAUUCUAUCGAGAGAACCACGAUGGUCUAUAUUCUACGGCCACCUUUGUCAGCGCAUACUACAUUCAUUGCCUACCUUUCAACAUCAUUUCUGGAGCCCUUUUUGCUUCGGCUCUUUAUUGGGUUGCAGGGAUGAAUCCAAACAUUGUCAGUUUUGGUGCCUUCGUCCUGGUGUCCAUCAUGUUACAGCAGUUUGGCGAGGUGAUGACCAUCAGCAUCUGUGGCUUCUUCAGGAACGCCCAACUGGCCAACAACACAACAGCGUUGAUUUUUUCAGCCUCUGGCCUGGUCGCUUCUGGGCUUCUGAGGACGAUGGAGAACAUGCCAACAAUCCUGCAGUGGGCAGGCUACGUGGCCAUCCACAAGUAUGUGACAGAGAUCGUUGUGGGAAAUGAGUUCAGCGGACUUCAGUUUACUUGUGAUACUUCUGGACGAGGUCAGCAGUGUAUCAAGACUGGUGCAGAGUUUAUUCACGCUCAGUACCCACAGGCUCUGGAACACAUGACCCGGAACUUUAUCCUGACCGGCGCCUAUCUGGUGGCUACACUUGGCCUGGCUAUCUCUCUGUUCAAACUGAGGGGCUCUCCCGUUCUGCACUAGCAGUCAAGUAGUGGUGACAAAUGUGGGACAUGAACUAUAUAUCUGUGUGAACUGAAAGGCUAGGAGAAAAGAUUUCUGAUGUGUUAUACAAUCAAACUUAGCAGAGUCUUGCCCUAUCACUGUGAAUCCAGCUUCCUAAAACAUUUUGUUAUAUAACCUCUUCCAUUUAAUUUUAAACUUCAACAAAGGUCAUCACGACUUUGAUGCCUUAGGUCAUGGGACAAUCUUUUAACCCAAUACGCAACUGACACAUGUGAUAUACCAACAGUUAUGACACAUCAUACUUGGUACUAUUUUUUUUUCUCUAGAGCAUAAUUGUAACUUCCAGUAGUGCGACGUUUAUCAGUCAGCUUGAGGACCUGAUUAUUGACCUAUUACAUAUCGAGACCUGAUUGUCUCAUUCCAUUCUAGCGACCCAUUUCUUUUUAAAAUUGUAGCUUUUCAAAGGACACGCACAUCAAUAGUCGAAAUUCAAAAAUUGUUUCUUAUUUCAAUAUGAGCAAUAUCAAGCAGCGUAGUCUCAAAUUGUUGGACUUAAUACCUGUGAGAGAAUAAUACAAGAAAAACUUAAAAGUUAAAAAACAAAACAAAAAUAAAGCAAAGUUUAUCUUAUGGGUACAAUUCCACAUUUACAACUAUAUUUCUUAAUAAUAUAGAAGUUAUUAACUUUUCCGAUAUCAAACAAAAUAACUAAUUACCAAUAAUAAAUUGUUAAUUGCUUUAAAAAAAUAAUUAUAUGUUUUGUUAGGGACAAUGAAUACUUUAAACAAAAAUUUCAUUUUGAUUUUGAAUGGGUGUGGGAAAAAUAGCAUGUGCGAUUAUCCUUGAGAACAACCCCCCCCCCCUCCCUUUUACAUCUUUAGCUAUAUCUCUUACUGCUGGAGAAAUAUUAAUUUCUUUUGUCGGUAUCAAGUAAAAUAAUUAAUUACCAGCAAUAAGUUAACUACUUUGUAUUUUUUUUGUAUUGAUUUAUAUAUUGUCUUUACAUCUCUGUAAUUGUCCAAAGUUUCGACUUCAUCUGAGAAUGAGCGCGGGGGAAAUAACGGGUUGAACUCUUUUACCAGACUGACAGACAGAGUGAGUUGGUAAAAGUUUUGUAAUAAAAAUGUUUUAGAGCGACAAUAUUUGUGUUUAGCACAACACAGAAACAGGCUGUCAUUGAACCUAAUAAUAUACCACAUAGACAUCAUUUUUGUGAUAAGAAAUGCAUGACGGUUUGAUUAAUACAGUUAAACCUGAAAGUUUCUUACCUACCUUGUUUAGCACUGAUGCUAUUUAUAAACAUGUACAUAGUUACUAAUAGAUGCUUGGGAUACAAUGUUCAUUUUAUUGUUUUUGGAUAUUUGUGAUUACAUGUCUUAUGUCUGACGCUGUCAGAUUCAAUUGAUCUGUGAUCAAGCAUAAUAAUAAUAAUCAUUAUGUAAGGCAAUACGAAUCAACGUUUUUAAUCCAAUGGAGUUUUAAAAGAAUCCAGAAACGGGCCUCUUCCUAACCAAAUGUAUUAGAUUCAAUAUUUUAAUACUGUUAAUUCUAUGUGUUUUACUCUGCACGGCUGCUGUAUACAAUUAUUUGCCCAUAUUGAACGCGCAAUAUCUUUAGUGCUUCCAAAUGUUAGCCGUUUUCUCAUUUACCAAAGAACAUCAGAUGUGCCUGGCCACUACAUUGUAGCAUUUACAUUUAGUUCUCCAUUUAUGUUUUUUAUCAUUUCAAUAUUUGAACUUAAUUCGAGUGUUUGAAUCAAAGAAAAGAGUUUGUGUUUUGA